GCGAGAGUCCGCAGGACUGUUCCAUACGCGUGUUGUGUGUAGUUAGUUUAUAAUUUGCAAGAAAUGUCGUCUUGUGCUUCUUUUCAGGUUCAGGUGGCCGCCAUCAUGGAGGUUUUAGCGAAAACGGCGGUUGCAGAAAUUACGAAAUUAGUUGAUGACGAGUCUGCUGCCUUACGAUUGGCGAUGUGCAGAAGCCAAAGAGAGAACGAAACGUUAAAAGAUAAGUUACUGCUGAUGGAGGGAGAGCUCAGGGCUGUGCGAGGAUACGGAGAGGGAACGCCGGGCAGUUCUCUAGACCUCUCAUUUGAAGUUCAGGUUUGCGACGAAUUCAGAGAGGGACAAAGACCUAAGGUUGCAGGGAAAGGAAGCGUUUCUGCCGCGGAGAGAGUCUUGGACGAGCGAUCGAGCGCACAUCUGACCAGAGACGACCAGAACCUCCCAGUGGAGAAGAGACGGGCAACAGCAGAUGUCUUUGAUAUAAAGUAUGAGCCUGUAGAUGGGGAGCAGGAUUGGUCUGAAUCUCUGCUGCUCAGUGAGGAUAGGCUGGAAGAGGAUCCAAAGAGCAGCCAAUCACAGGCGGUACAGAAAAUCAAUGUGGAGAACACAUGCGGCACUUCAGGGGCAGCUGCUGCGAAUGAUGGUGAAGGACCCCUCUGUAAGGAGGAGGAGCUGCACAUGCAGCCCUGCCCUGCAGGAGACCCAGAAAAGGAGCUGCAAGCAGAACUCAAACAGGAGCCAGAGGAGCAGCCUCUCACCCCCACACUCCCCCUGCUGGAGUCCACAGACUUGGGGCUGGGGAUUCAGGCUGUGUGGAGCGAGGCCAACAGCUCAGGAAUGGUUUGGGAAAAACAGGGACAUUGUGGGGGAAUCGCUGAGCACGGACACGCCCAAUUAGACUUCUCCCCUUGGAAUGACAGAGGCUUGGAGAAGCACGAGGGGUCCAUGUCACACCUCGAGCUGCAACAAAAUGGCCGCUCCCUUGAGGAGAAGCGCAUCCUUUGGCAGGCUGAUGACAUUUCGGCAGAGAUGCCGUUCCCUCUGGGUUCUCCAGGACAGUGUGAUGGAAGCGCCCCGUGUGAGGCGGGUUCUGACACGUCAGCAGAAGCAAAGAGUCCCUGCAGAACUGAGGGACAGGAGGAGGAGUUCAUCUGCACACGCUGUGGGAAGACGUUCCCGGACGCUCUCGAACUGAAGACGCACGAGGAGCAGCACAGCGCGGGGAAACGGUUCAGCUGUUCAGAGUGCGGCAAGGGUUUCACUUCCUCCAGCGUCCUGGAGAAGCACGAGCAGGUUCACAGCAGGGUGAAACCGUUCAGCUGCUCUGUGUGCGGCAAGAGCUUCUCCCAGUCACACGUCCUCAAAGCGCACGAAAGCACUCACACAGGGCAGAAACUGCACAUUUGCGCAGAGUGCGGGAAACAUUUCCCCUACAAAGCCUGGCUUAAAGCCCACCAGCGUGUUCACACCAAAGAGAAACCGUUCACUUGUGAGCAGUGUGGAAGGUGCUUCUCCCUGAAGAGCAAUCUUAAAAUUCACCAGGUUACUCACACAGGAGAAAAAUGCUUCAGCUGCACAGUGUGCAAUAAGAGCUUUACUCAGCUGAGUAGUCUUUAUUCUCACCAAAGGAUCCACACGGGGGAGAAGCCGUUCACUUGUGAGCUGUGUGGAAAGUGCUUCUCUUGGAAGUGCCAUCUUAAAAUUCACCAGUUCACUCACGCAGGAAAGAAAUGCUUCAGCUGCACAGUGUGCAAUAAAAGCUUUACCUAUCUCCGUGUUCUUCAGCAACAUCAGAGAGUCCACACAGGGGAGAGACCCCACUGCUGCAACAAGUGUGGGAAGAGCUUCACCCAACUAGGCAGUCUUAAAACUCACCAAAAGGUCCACACCAAAGAGAAACCGUUCACUUGCGAACAGUGUGGAAAGUGUUUCUCCCAGAAGGGCAGUCUUAAAACUCACCAAGUUACUCACACAGGAGAGAAACCACACUGUUGCAACGAGUGUGGAAAGAGCUUUACCCAAUUAGGAAACCUUAAAACCCACCAAAGGGUCCACACUGGAAGAAAACCGUUCAGUUGCACACUGUGCAGCAGGAGUUUCUCCCAGAAUCGCACUCUUCAGAGACACGUACUUUCUCACAAUCAGGACUCCAGACUAACAGGGUCCCAACGUCCCGGGGCAAUAAAUAAUGUGUUUGGGAGGAACUGAAAUCA